AUGAUAACUUAUAAAUUCAUUGAUAAAAAUAAAAUUUUUGAUGCUAUUGAAGAUUUUGUUCUACAAAUAAUUUCUUGGUUGUUAAAUAUUAAUGUUGAUAUAUUUAAAAAUAAUUUAGAUAAAAAUUAUUCUAGUAACCUUUUCGAUAAAAAACUAAUUAGAUUAUGCAGAACUCUCUCAGUUGUGGAAUUAAUAAACAACAUGAUUAUUCAGGAUAAGAGUUGCACACAAAGAGAAAUUUAUUACAAACUUUAUAAUGUAUUCUAUAAGCAAACUCAAACUAAUAGGCAUAUAAAAGAGGUUUGUAAUAUUUUAGGUUUUCCGAGAUCAACAUUAAACAUAUAUGCAUCAGAAAAAGGAUGCAUAGCUGGGCUACUGGUACUUAAAAAAAACAAUGAAAUUUUAAGUCUGAGUGAAAUGAACAACGGUUUAAUGAUUAAUGAGUAUCUUUUAAAUGUUGAUAAAAUUGAUACCUCAGCUCAUUACAUAUUGGUCGUUGAAAAAUAUUCUCUUUAUCAAAAACUUUGCCAACACAAAAUUUGGAAUAUUCUUCCUUGCAUUUUAAUAACUGGAAAAGGAUUUCCUGAUUUUGCAACAAGAAAAAUUCUUUACCAACUUAUGGUCUUAUUUAAUUUAGAAUGUGCUUAUGUUGGGGAUUAUGAUCCUUACGGUAUUAGAAUUUAUCUAACAUAUAAAGAAGGGAAUUCAGCAAAUGAAGAUUCUAUAUAUUCUUGCAAAAAUAUAAAAUGGAUUGGUAUGUGUUCAGAAGAUAUUGGAUUGUUUCCAAAAGAGUCACUGUUAGUAUUAACUAAAAAAGAAAAAAACGUAAUAAGAAAUUUAUUAGAAGACAAAAAUUUAAACUAUAAUUCUAAAAUUAGAAAAGAAGUUUGUGAAAUGAAAAAAAUGAACUAUAAAUUUGAAAUAGAAGCAAUAGAAUAUUUAGGAAUGGAAUUUUUUAUUAAAAAAUAUUUAAUAUUGAAAAUUCUAAGAAAACAAUGGUUAAUAUAA